GCUCGUCCAGCUGACUGUUAUCCGCAUGCCUAUAUUCAUUUCGUUUCCUCGCGUGGUGCAGCCGGAAAACGAAACUAUCGGUAGUUAGGCCAGAAGAAAAGCGAAAGUAAGCUCGCGAGGCGUCAAGGCUUAAUUAGUGCUAAAAUUAAAACCUUUUACCCGUCGAUUUUCCGUGGCUUUUGUUUGCUGCUAUCACCAACACCAACGCGCCAAAAAGGGUCCAAACUUACACCCACCAACACAGGGGGCGCGAUCGUAGAAAUGGGUUGAUUCCUUGUUUCAAUAGCGGCACCCCACCCAACUGAGGAGACCCCAUGAGGCGCCAUGGACAAAAUUUCCACCCUCCAUGCAUAGAUUGUUUAAUUAAUAUAUAAAUAGAUAUGGGCCCAGUAAAAGUGCAACCAGUAAACUUUCUUCUCUCAAACCAUCUAUACGUGUAUCGCAAUGAAGUUUACGAUACUAGCUGCCUCUCUGGUCGUUGUUUGCACGGCGACACUUGUGUUCGGAUCACAUUCGGCUGGUCAUGCUGGUAAAGACGGCCAACUCGAACAGACACCAGCCGAAGACCGGCAGUGGAAAGUAGAGAAGCGUCACACCGGAAAGAAGAUUCACAUUUUUCUCGGAAAAGGGUCAGGAAAGAGUAAAAAGUCCAGUAAGAAGCAUGCCGACAGCGAUGGAGCAGAAACGCAAACGCGCAAAACACCCGAGUUGACGACCCGAUCGGACAAGGCCGAAGAUUUGGCAGCAUCAGCUACAUCCGACGCGCCAGACGCUGCCGUUGGCGAGAGCCAACACUACGAGGUCCCUGAGCACCAAAUCGUGAAGGAGAAGAUUAAGAUCAAGCACCAUCACCACCAUCACCAUCACAAUCACGUAAAGACGGUAGUCAAGAAGGAGCCCUAUCCAGUGGAAAAGGUGGUUCAGGUGCCGGUCGAAAAAAUCGUUCACGUACCCAAACCGUACCCAGUGGAAAAAAUCGUAGAAAAGGUUGUUCACGUUCCGGUUGAGAAGAUUGUACACGUACCCAAGCCCUAUCCAGUUGAAAAGAUCGUUGAAAAAGUAGUCCACGUGCCCAAACCAUAUCCAGUAGAGAAGAUCGUUGAAAAGCCCGUACACAUCGCGAAACCUUACCCAGUCGAAGUGAAGGUUCCGUACCCAGUUGAAAAGAUCGUUCAUGUCGACAAACCCUAUCCAGUCGAAAAGAUCGUCGAGAAAGUGGUGCACGUUCCUAAGCCGUACCCAGUAUACAAACAGGUCCCAGUUCCAUACGAGGUGAAGGUACCAUAUGAAGUACCCAAACCGGUUCCCUACCCCGUCGAAAAAAAGGUCCCAUACCCAGUGGAAGUGAAAGUACCAGUUGAAGUCGAAAGAAAGGUGCCUAUCCCAGUGAAGGUGGAAGUCGAGAAAAAGGUUCCUGUCCCUGUUAAAGUCUACGUACCGUUUGAAAAGAAGGUUCCAUAUCCAGUUCCAGUGAAGUCCCAGUUCCCAUUCGAUAAGGACAUCGGAUAUGCCUCUACCAAACUGCAUCCAUUCGAAUCCCAACAACAUGAAGUGAAGCAUUACGGCGACGAAUACUCUAACGGUGAAGAAGGGUAUAGAAGAACUACCAAGACGACUUACAAGAAGAAGUCCAAGAAAAACAAGAAAACUGAGGACUACCAUCAGCAACAGCAAAACCAGCAAUACUCUGCACCAGUGACUGAAGAUAACAAUGAAAAUCACUCUGGACUGUCCAGCUCUUAUGCUAAUAGCGCAAGCUCGGAAAACUCUCAGCUACAUCAGAACGGUGCUCACUAUUCGCACACCACGAUCUUCACUCAUCCGCCAUCGCCUGCCCAUACCAGUUCACAACAACAACAGCAGCAACAGCAGCAACAACAACAACAACACCAACAACAACAGCAACAACAACAGCAACAUUACCAACAACAGCAACAAUACCAUCAACAGCAACAAUACAACAGCCAAGACCAACAACAAUACAACAGUCAAGAAAGUACCAACUACUUCAACCAACAACUUCUUCAAUACAGUCAACAACCCAAAUACGGACCAUCGACAUUCCCACAGCAACACGACUAUCAAUCGCAGUCAUCUAGCCAGGAAAAUCACUAUCACCACACCGAUCAUUACGGAUCGGGUACCACCCAGCAGGAGGUGAUCGUGACUCCACCGGCAACGACUGGUCAACUCACUUUCGACAUGUCGCAUCAAGGUAUGCCACAAGCCUUCGCCCUCACUGCACCGUCCAAUCCGGGCACCACGUUGCAGCUGGAAUCCCAACCCCAGCCAUUCCAGCUUGUCCAAUUAUCACCCUUCCAGUUCCAAACCCCCACCGGCUUUUCCCUGCCUACGGCCAGGUAAAAUCUAGCCAAAGCAACGUGGUAUAGAAUGUUUCGCGAAGAAAAAAAGACUGCAAAUCAACCCCCAUGUCCCCAUGCACUGUUACCAAUUCGGAAGGAAUCCCUCCGAUGUCAUGAACUAUUUAUAGGCAUUACCUGGGGCUCUAGCUGCCCUAGGAAUGUAUUUUGUAAAACUUAAGCUCCGCCUAUGAUGUCUAUUUUUGUAAAAUAGUAUUGUUGUUGAACCGUUCUCUAGUGUCCUAGUGGUUAAGCGUUUCGGCCGGGUCAGCAGAAAUUUGGGAUCAUAGGUCACAUACAUUCCUGAUCAAACGAUGAUCGCCUGAGCGAUGCAUAACUCGCUGAUCUUGCGCUGAUUUUAUUAUUGAUAAAAAAAACAUACCAAAGCUCAUUAUCAAUGUAAACGUGAUAUUAAGAUAAUUUUCUUUUCUCGGCUGGCUUAUUUUCCUGCUACAAAAUUCGAAGCAUAUAGUCAAACAAAAGAUUUAAAACAUUAAGGACUAAGGAUCCAUCAUUUUUCAGAAAUACAAGAGUAGUGAUUUCAUACCAUUAUGAUAAAACAAUCUACUGGAAAAUGUGUUCAUCCAAACGCAGUGAACAAAAUUUCACUAAUAGAAUUUAAUUUUUAAACUGAAAACUGCUUCUGUAAUUUUGAUGAUGAUGUCUUAGAUGAUCCUUCCACUUUAAUGUAAUAAAUCUACACACAUUGCAAUUCCAUAUAACAUCUUUGGAAAUAUUUGUCCCAUGCUUAAGACUAAACGUAAUGUUCUCUGGUAUGGUAUUUCCAAUGUUUAAACAAAAAAUUUAGUAUAUGAAAUUGAGUUGAACUGUAUAUUUCUACUUAUACCUUGUGAAUAAAAAAUUAACGGUGACACGCCUCACUUUUAUUCGCAAAUUUAGAAUUCCAAAAGUUGACUACAAAUGAAAAACACCGACUUCGGUCACUUCCAUAAUACAGAGACUAUCACUUUACUGUCAUAAGCGUAGGACAAGUCUACCAAUAUGUAUAACACAAAGCAUUUUCGGAAGCUUGAAGGUCUGGGGAAAAUAUUGCCUUGAAAAGAAAACUUACAAAUAGCGAAUUCUUGUGUAAAUAUUAUACUUCCUUCUAUUGAAGAAACUGUUUGUGGUAAGGCAGAUUGAUUGCUAAUAGUUGCAAAUACAUACGAAAAUCGAAAGAAA